CCCCGUUGACAUGUCGCCACGGCAACGACGCGCCGCUGGCACUUUCUGUUUAUUAGCAGUUAGCGAGCUAAAGAGCCAAAGAGUUAGCGAGUGACAUGCUCACUGUCUGACUGUGUUUGCGACCUGAGCCGAGACUCUAAGGGGACAACAUGUCGGACAUAUUGUGCCGGUGGCUCAACCAGGAGCUGCGACUGUCAAAAGCUGUCGAGCCACAGAGUUUUGCCAAGGAUUUUUCUACUGGUUACUUGAUUGGGGAGGUUCUGCAUAAAUAUCAGUUGCAGAGUGAUUUCACUAUGUUUAUGAGGAAAGACACCUCCAUCUCCAAACUGAAUAAUUUUACCCGCCUUGAGCCUACUCUUCAGUUACUGGGGAUCUCCUUCGACACAAACACAGUUCAGGGACUGAUGCAGGAGAAGCAAGGAGUUGCCACACACCUCCUUUACCAACUCUACAUCUCACUUGAAAAGAAGAAGAGAGCAGAAAUUACUGGGACAAUGAUGGAAAUCAUGCAGCCAGCAGCCAAUGCAGGCCUGCACAAGAAGGAGCAUGACAUCUACUCUGAUCGACUGCAUCAGGUGGUGAAACGUGAUGCAGAGCUGAAGCUGCAGAAAAUUUCGUGGCACUAUCAGGCAAAAUACGAGCAACUGAACUAUACGCCUGUCAUGACCCAUCCCAUCCAGCCAAAGAGACCACUCAAAGUCCAGGAUGAGAAGAGAACAAAGAAUAUUGACAAGUUUCGUGGAUAUCGCCAGAAGCACAGUGGUAAUUUGACUUAUAACCACGCCACCGUUAUGCCAGUACCCAAGCCACCGCCUUACGCUUCACAGCUCAACAUAAAGACGAGACGACAGCACCAGCAAUGUACACAACAAGCACAGGCAGUCCAGGCUCAAAUAGCUCAGUUUGAGACAAGCAGAAAGAAACUGGUCACUUCUGGUUUUGGUUCCUCUUCAAGUGGUCAGCCUGUCACUGGAGUUUUUCCCAGUAGUGGCAGCAGCUAUGGCACUGAGGCCCAUGAAAGUGGAAAUAAGCUGAAACUAAAGUCUGAUAGCCAGUACAUACAGGAGAUCCGACAGAGGCUGAAGGAGAAUGCUAUCUCUCGGGAGCAGAGAGAGAAAAGACGAGACAGGUUCCUGGUGGAGCAGCUCAAGGCCCAUGAAGCUCAAGAGGAAGCACGGAGAGAGGAGCAGUUGGUCAAGCAUCUGACGCGUCAGACUCAGCAGGAGCAGCGUUUGGCAUCUCAGCUCCUUCAGAUGCGUAUGCAGAAGGAGGUGAUCCGGCAGAACCGCGUGUUCAGAGAGCAGCAGUUCCAGCAGCGGCGAGAGCGGGACUUCCAGGAGGCUCUGGAGAGGGAGGCGGCUUUGGUUCAACAGGCUAAGUUGGACCGCGCAGAAGAGAUCAAAAAGGAGCUUGAAUUCUUGGACAGGGUCGCUGCUGAGCGAGCUCAGAGCAGAUACAAGAAGCACUUUAGGGGCUGCAAGGACAUUUUGGAACAGAUAGUGGACUUGGCUACCAAGACUGGAGAAUAUCGUCUGAUCACUGCGAAUCGGAUUCCAGAGAAGCUGACAAGAGAGUGGAAGGAAUUGCUGUUCAGUGGUAUUCCUCUCUAUGAGCCGAUCAUGGGCCAGCAGCCCGGCUUUGAGUUCUCUACCUCACUAGAUCCUGUAGAGCUUGAGAAGCAGGAGAUACUCAACAACCAGGACUAUGAUGAGUACACUAAUAUGGUCGGAGAGUGGGUCUGGCCAGAGAAAGCAGGGGAGACCAAAUCACCCCCAAGCAACAACAGCAUUCUUGGACAUGUUGUUCUGCGACUGAGGAACAUUGUGCAUCCACCCAUCGUGAAAGCCACCUCGCUCUCAUUUCCUCACUUUACUGUCAAAGCCUGUGUCCUGGGCAAGUUCUGUUCCGGCAAGACCACCUGUCUGGCCAAGAUUGCUGAAGCCAAUGGCAUCUGUGUCUUAUCAGCUGACACGCUGAUUGAGGAGGCGCUGAAUGCUUAUCAUAAAGAAAAGAAGGUCACAGAGCAGCAGGGGGAAACAGACGAGCCACUGCUCAGCUCCUCCACAUCAGUGAAAUCUGACCGUGACACUCAAGAAGAAAAUGGAGAUAGCAAUGAGAGAGUAAAGCUGUCUACAAGGGCCGUGCAGGGAGCAGCUGCAGAAAAAGAGCUGAGAAGAGGAAACCCCAUUCCUAAUGAGCUGUUAGUAGAUAUUAUAGUGGAGGCGAUCAAGCAGGUCCCAGCUCAGUCAGGUUGGAUCCUGGAUGGCUUUCCAGUGGACAUCAACCAAGCCUACCUGCUAGAGAAAGCCCUGGGUGGAGCUGUAGACAUAGGGAGUGGGGUGGAAAGCAGCAGGGCGGACCUUGCUGUUGAUCCUUAUCCACCCAAACCUUUGCCUCCCCAAAAUCCUGUGUUAGACGUGGUUUUGCUGCUUGAUAUCCCUGAUGAGGCUGUGGCCGGACGUGCAUUCGCUCACACUGAUACAAGCUCCCCUUCCACAGACAAAAAUGUGUAUCUGGCACAGAUUCCACACAGGAUCAAAGCUUUUCAGGACACCUGGCUAAAACUUGAGAAAUGGUUUGGUGGAAAGCAAAACAUUUUGGUUCGUGUUGAUGCCAGUGUAGUCAAGGAGGAGCUUUACAAGAAGGUGGAGUCCGUCCUGCAGCAGGUUAUGAUGCAAAUGCAGCAGGCUCCUGCCACUUCUCCUGUGGAAGAGGUGUCAGAAAAUGGGAAAGCUCCAGACUCCUCCCCAAAAGGAACUCCUCUACCUGUAGACCAACCUCCACCGCUCACUGAUGAAGCCCCUGGCCCUACAGAGUCCCCCACAAAUCCACCUGCAUCUGCUUCACCCUGCCCUGUUUCAUCCAGCUGGGUCUAUGUGGAUCAACCUCUUCCUCUGGAAAUCUCAGAGUACUUGUGCACCCACUGGGAAACAGUGUGUGAUUCUUAUGUCAACAACAUAAAGACAGUGAUGCAACAGCUGCGCUCACAAAACAUUGUUAUUAGCCAUCACCUGUUCAACCUCAGAGAGGAGUUCCAGCAUUAUCUAAAGCGUCCAGACAUGAUGCAGGAGUUAGUGACUCAUUGGCAGAAGGACUUCAACAACAUUUCUGAUGAUAUGAGAGAAGAUGACGAAACAAAAGCAGAGCUACAUCUGAGACUCGAUGAACUGCGUGAACGUUUGUGGGACAUGAGUGACAAACGCAAAGAGCGGGACGAGCAGGAGAGGGAUGCUCUCAUGUAUAACGGCUGGCUGGAGGAACAUACUGCCAUACUCAUCAACCACCAUUCUACUCUCAUGCAGGUGGAGUUGGACCGCUUCCAGGAGACCCUCUGUAUUCUUAGGAUCUACUAUGUGAACAUGUACAAACAGGUGGGGCCUGAGCCACUAUCUGACUUAGUCUGUAUCCCUUUACUGGGCAUCGAAGAAGAUAAGGAUCAGGACAAGAGUGCUGAACCAGCAGACACAAGUGGGUGUGUUCAGCUGGAUGACAGAGAGGAAAGGAGAAAAACUAAACUUAUUCCCUUCCUCUCCAAACAUCCUGAUUCCUCAGAAAGGGCCCCCAAGACACAAGGCGUGGGUCAGACUCAACUGGUCAAGCCAUCCGCCGAGAAACUCAUCUCUGACUAUGAGGAGGCACUCAGAGCCAUCAGCAAAUUGGUGUCAGCAGAAGGCCACCAGGGGGAGACAAAAGAGCAGAAGGACAGACUACAAGAAAAGGAGUCCACUGCAAGUGCAAGCAAAAAAGGAAAAGGAAAACAAUCACAGAAAAAACAGAAAGCUCCAACAUCCACACCUCCUUCACCCAGUCCUGUACCUGCUGAAGACUCUCAUGAUCAGUCAGUCAGAGACAAAAUACAAAAAGAAUAUGCAGCUGCGCUGGAGCAUGAGGAGAAUGCAGCGAAAGUCCGCAUUGCGCUGGUGAAAGGUCAUGGUCUGGUUAUGGUGCAAACAAUGCAAAACAGAGCAGAACAGGUCUUUAGCAAAAUGGAGAAGUGGUUAGAAGCCUAUUAUCUUUCAGAAAUGAAGAGUAUUGACCAAUUAGCAGAAGUAGUUCACCAUCACAUCGAGGCUGGUGCUAAGUUGAGGAAUGAGCUGGUGCUGGAAAGUACUGACUUCUGUCUGAAUGGAGACUGCUACAUGGUGGCCAGCCCGACUCCCCCUCCACAUCCACCUCUUUUGGAGAAAGCCACACUGUCCACGCCAACCAUCAAGCAGCUGGAGUCACUCCACCAUCAGCUAUGCAGCAUUGCUCCAUCAGGCCUCAUGUCCAGUUGUGAGUUUUCCAAUUUGCUCAGGGACAUCACCUCUGUUAACAUGGGCAGAGACGUCUUGCCUGAGGCCUGGAUCAACAUAGAUGAAAGACAGCUGACGGAGAUUGUGUCUAUGUUAAUGGACCAAUAUGACCUCAUAGACUGGCGUCGGUUUCUGCUCAGUGCUGCCCUCCCUUGGCCUUUUCCCUCCAUACCACAGCUGCUGGCUGUGCUAAAACGUUUCAAGGAAGCAGAUACUGGCAACACAGGCUAUAUAAACAUGGAACAGUACCUACAGACGGAGUUGUGGUUUUCUGGUGACAGUGUCAAACCUGCCCCUGAGGACCCAGCUGAGCCUCUACCUUAUGACCGUCUGGCCAACUUACGCAAGUUCUUUUUCCAGUUAUUUGCGGAUCACUCUUCCUCUCCCCCUCGAUUGGACUAUGUGUCGAUGCUGCAGUACUUUGCAGCCGACCCUAACCCCCAAGAGGGCUUCUUUAGAGCACUGAGCGUGGUGCUGGGACAGCAUGUGGGAGAACACACCUCACAGGGUCAUCUUGUCAAGUCUAUGCCCAGUAUAGAAGAGCCUACAGAGCUCAGCCCCUCAGAACCCGACGAAGAGACAUCCAGUCCAUUGGCAGAUCCGGGCGUGUCCAUUCCUGCUCUCCUUUCUGUCAUCUGCCACAAAGUCACCAAGAUGAAAGACACCAACGUGCUUCCUCCAGGCUGUCUGAGUGAAGAGCAACUGGUCCAUCUUUUUUCUGAGCACGGCUACACACCUGAGAGCUGCGUCCCCUUCUCCAUUCUGUCUCAGCAUUUCAUCCAGAGCCUGAUGAAGAUGUCAACACACCAUCAGCUCGUAAACAUUCAUGGAGUGCUACAGGCCCAUCAGAGUGAAGAAGAGGCUUACAGCUCUGGAUGAGACAUACACAGUACAUAUGCAUGCUGCUGUCUGUACCGUGAUGAGAUCUCUCACUAAUGCAGACAUUGUUACUUUUGCCAUCUUUAAACAAUCUCCUGACUUUUACAUUUGAAACAUUUGCUGUCAGCUGUAUUGCUCACUUCAGUAUUGAAUAAUUCAAUUUUCAACCAUUACUUACCACAGUUUGUAGAAACAUCAUCAACUGAUGGUGGUCGAAGUGACAACAUAAUUGAAAAUGACAACAGUAACAUUAAUGAUGGCGAGAUUGACCCUUUCCUCACUUUUUUUUCUUUUCCUGAUACACUCCAGCAGUUUUUCUGUCUCACUUGUUUGUCUAAUGACCUCUCUGACACAGAAAAGCAUUGGUCGCAGCUACAAUGAGUGCAUUGUCCAGGAUAACCUACAUGUCAAGCCUGACUUACCAGCAACUGCCUGCCAGGGCACCCGCAACCCUAUGUCAGCCCAUUCUACACUGAUGUGUCAUGGUAGCGUCUGUAUUCAACAGUCACCGGUGUCUGUCCUCCUAUUUGAGUUAACGUGUACACUGUUUAAAAUAAAUAAAAAGCGGCAUA